AUCAAGAAGGCCGAAAGCCAGGCAGUAAAGCUCACGUUGUCGACCUCUUGUCCGUCAGUGAGUGAUUCCUCACGGGUAGACCGUAUCAUCUCUUUCCCCAGAUCAAACUUCGAUCAUGUCACGAGAGUGGAUUCAGUUGGUUCCAAAGGUCAUUCUGCGAACGUGACAGCUUGGUCAAUGAAACUUCUUCGGAGCUUGAAAGUCAAAGAGUCUCAUGUACUUUCUUAUGGAACUAUUGCUUCAAAGAAUCAGUCCUCAAUGGCAUACUAUCUCACCCGGAGGAAGAUUGGUCUUCUUACUAGCAGAGAGGGAGAGGCUUCGGUUACUGGGUUUCGAUAUUUCGGGAGGGAGGGGUCUGACAAGACCUCUUGCAAUCCUAGGAAAGAAGGUAGUUCGCUUAGGGAACCUAAGGGCUUCUCUAUCGGUCACAACUUAGUAAGAUAUGUGUGUGGUCUUCGUGUGGCCUCCACCUACAGGGCUGGCUGUGCCCACCAUGACGAGUUUUGGAAACAAAUGAACGAGGACUCUCCAGCCGACACGAACGGAGAAGCAAAAGCAUACGCUUCAGACGGGCUUCCUUUUCUAAAUUCAAGGUAU